AUGGCUUUGGAGAGACAGAAAAUAAGUCCAUUCUUCUGCUUCUUUGAACCGACCAGUCGCUCCUUGAUGAAGCUCCGAAUUCUCGUCAUCAUCCUAAUCCCGGGGACUUUGGCUCAACUCUAUGGCUCCCAAAUAGCCGGGCUCCUCUUCAAUUGCCCUGAGCUGGCCGAGUACAUGCCUGAGGGCGCAAAAGGUGCCGAGGUUUUCGGAUUCGAGAAAUACGGAGACCCGCAUCUCCAGAAUUACACGUUCGACUUCGAGAGAAGAGUAUGGGGUGCUUCACGGUGAGUGUUCUUUUGGCUUUUGAAAUUCAGCCGAAUUCGAAAUUAAAAAUCAAAAAAAAUUGUGAUUUCAGCCCUGACCGUUUGGACCCAGAGGCUACGACCGAUCACUGGGCGUUCUUUUCCUUUGAGUUUGACCGAACCAGAAUUGCAGUUUUGCAAAAGCUUAGAGGGUAAGUAUUGACCAAAACGGAGUGGCCCACUCUCAAAAAAGAAUUUUUCCGACCUAGCAGCUUGCGCCCUGGUUUCCACGCAGACUGCGAAUAAAAAAUGGGAAAUGUUUGUUCUCUUUUCAGAAUUAUGGGAUAUAUUGCAAUUAUAAUGUACAUUGGACAAUCAAUUGUCAAUUGCUUCGCCACCAUUGUAAUCUCGAUCGCUUCGCGAUCGACAAGAAGCCAACCGAGCGCUUUGCGCUCGGAAAAAUCCAGCCGAGCAGGGACGGUCAGCGGGCCGGGCUCAAAAACGGAAAUUUGCCAAGCGGGCCGGGCCCGUCGACGGCCGGGCCUGGGGUUUUUCUCCGCGCGGCCCAUCUAUAUUACAAUGCCAAACCAUCCCAAACUAGGCGCAGUCGCUGAGUCUUCUAUAAGCGGCGCUGCACGGGCCGGGCCUGAAAAAUGCCUAGACGGGCCGCGGCCCGGUCCUAAAAAACGGCCCGCUGACCACCGCUAGCAGCAUUUUUGUUUUAUCCUUAAUUGGGCGCAGUUUGCCGCGCCUGCAAACGGAAUUGUCUGGGCGCAUGCUGCUAGGGUGUUUUUCGAGAGUGGGCCACUUUGCGGAAGUUGUACCUGGGAAAAUAAAGAAUAUCACUCCAAACAUGAUUAGGUUAAUGAAUAAGUUGCCACUUAUUCAUUAACAACUUCAUAUUGCUACUAUAUUGGACUAAUCUGGGCUAAUUUUAUAAAUACCCGAAUAUACCCGAGAUUUCGGGUAUUUACCCGGGUAUGCAAGAACAAAAAAAAAUUUUUUUUUGUUUUUUAUAUUUUUUAACAUUUUUUUUUUUUGUUUUGAGGAAGGUUUAUUUCUACUGGCGAGACGACCCUGACCAUGGCCUUCUUAAUCUCCACGAUGAUGUUAGACAGCUUUUUCAAGAAUACCUUGUGAUCGGCACCGAUAUUUAUUUUUGGCUCUGGAUGUGGCAUUAUCGAUAUGGUGAUCAACAUAUUUUUCACGGACGGUCAAUGCCAAGAUUUGAUUAUUUUAUUACCCCACCCUACGGGAUUUAUAACAACGUAAAGUUCUAUAACGAGUCUUCGUUAAUCUACAUAUCCGAAGUGGAUACUAUGUAUCAUUUGGAGACCAAUCUUUGUCGUCGGCUGUUUCGUGUUAGGGCUUGGCAUCGGCUCAGAUCGAGGGUGAGCAAAUUUUAGGAAUUUUUCUUUUAUUUUUUUGCGUCGUUUUCAGAACAUAUUCAAAGAUGGACAAGAACAAUGCGUCAAGGGUGCUGGAAUUUUUGCCAGAGCCAAGUUAGAUAAAAGGUAUCCGUUGGUAAGUUGUUUUCUUUUACAGUUUUGAAAGCCUUUACAAUGUUUAGGGUAAGUUCGCAUGGCUCGGAGCAAACUGCUCAGCAAAGAUAUUUGGAGAUGUCGCAGUGUAUUACCACGCGCACAUCCGUUUUCUCUCCCAAGCGCCUACGGUGGGUGGAAAUGAUUUUUAUUUUUUAUCAGCUGUCGGGAAAAUAACGGAUAUUUUUUUGUCGCACAGUGCAACUUUUGCGACACAUUUGUUUUUUCUCCGCACUGUGCAAAGUUUCCUCCGGAACUAUUUAUUUUCGUUGUACGGUGCGGACUUUUUUUUUCGUUUUUUUUUGUACAAUGCAGUUUUAGCGACGUUUAGUUUUGUGUGCGACGCGACGAAUUUUUGACUGCACAGUGCGGGAAAAAAUUAAAAAUAAAAAUUCAAAAUUUUGCUGUUUUUGUAAGUUUUAUUUUCAGAUAUUGGAUCCAAAACCGGCCCCCACAACCACGACUAUCACUACCACGGUAAAUUUUUCCUACCAAUUUUUUUUACUCUUGGGUUUUUUGACCGCACGGUGCAGAAAACGUUACGGUUCAAAUGAUGCUAUAAUUUUUUUUUCAGACCACCACAACAACAACGACGACCACCACCACCACCACGACUAUUACUACUACAGUACCUUCCACGGUAAGUUUAUGGCCGCAAGUUUAUGUUCCCAUUUUUUGCACAAUACAAUUUUUUUUAGACCACCACAACAACAACGACAACCACCACGACUACCACUACGGUAGGUUUACGGGCAUUACCCAAAAAAAGCGACCAUAAAUUUUCACAAAAUUUUUUGCAACUUUGGUAAAAGUAAAAAAUUCAAGAAAUUACUUUUUAACAUUACUACUUAAGCAAAAAAUAAGAAUCAGAGGUAAAAGUUCCUUAUUUUGGCCACAACUUAUAACUUUGCGGAAACUGGUCGGAAUUAGCCUAAAUUUAGCGUAUACGCUCAAUUCAUCGUUGUCAAUGCCCGGACAGUGAAUUUAUUUAGUGAGGUACCUUCUUUUUUACGUACCACCUUACCCUUCAAAAACGGCUGCAGCCUCUGAUUUUACAUUUUAUACGAUGAAACAUGUCCGGAACUAAACUUAUUGACUCCGUAUGGAACUAAAUGAGUCGUCGCAGCCUUCAUAGGUGCCCUUAAAACUAUAGAGCUAUUAUAGUAAUUCAGUGCCAGCUAGGUCGAAGCGUUCUUUCCUUACUUUAGUGCCCAAGCUUGGGCGCAGUUCGCGGAGUACCUUUGUUGUGGCCAAAAUAAGGAACUUUUUCCGCAACUUUUUUAUCUUCAGACCACCACCACAACGACCACCACCACCACCACCACCACGACUACCUCGGUAAGUUUCUGGGGAUUACCCAAAAAAAGCGACAAGAAAUUUUUGAUUCUUCAAUUUGCACCGUGCGAAAUUUGUCACAGCACCGUGCGUUGGAAAUUCCGUUGCACAGUGCAAACAUGUCAUUUUUUUUAGGCGUCAUAAAGUAUUUUGUUCUUUUGUCACUGCACUGCAACGGAAGAACUUUUUCCCGUUUCCGUGGUCGACAGAGUGCACAGUGCACAAAAUAAUGUACUGCACAGUGCGGAAUUUGUCACAAAAUUUUUUGCGAUUUUUUGCACGGUGCAGAAAAAAUACGGAUGAAAUUUUGCUGUACGGUUUAUUUUCAGACUACCACCACAACGACGACAACCACGAUUACCACGACUACCACUCCAACGUCUACCACAGUGACCACUACGGUAAGUUUGUGACUGGGCUCAAAAACUCAAAAUUUUUGCUGUAAUUGAAAGUUUUAUUUAGACAACAACGACGACCACCACCACCACGACUACCACUCCAACAACUACAGUUCCCACUACGGUAUGUUUGUGGCAGAGCUCAAAACAAAAUGCACAGUGCACAAAAAAAUGUAUUGCACAGUGCGGAAUUUGUCACAAAAUUUUUUGCAACUUUUUUUUUGCUACGCGAUUUUUUUGAUUGUAUGGUUGAGAAAAAAAGACAAUUAAAAUUUUGCUAUAAGCUUUAUUUUCAGACCACCACCACAACGACCACCACGACCCCGACGACCACUCCAACAACUACAGUGACCACUACGGUAGGUUUGUGACAGGGCUAAAAAACUCAAAAUUUUUGCUGUAAUUGAACGUUUUAUUUAGACAACAACUACCACCACCACCACGACUACCACUCCAACAACUACGGUGCCCACUACGGUAAGUUUGUGGCAGGGCUCAAAUCACCGAUUUUUCGAAAAUUUGAUUUAUUUACAGACGACCACAACAACAACAACAACGACCACCACAACGACCACCACCACUCCAACAACUACCACCACCACAACUACGGCUGCCACUCCAACAACUUCGUUGACCAAGUCUAUCAGCCCGACGUCCACUAAAGUACCAUUUACUUUAUCGCCCACAAGAACUGAUCCCAAUGCUAAGCCAAGUGGAAGCAAUAUCUCUCUCGUCACCACAGGGUUGCCAGAGCUGGGCAAAGAGUAGGUUGUGUUAAAGUGGCCCAAAAAUUCUUAGAACUUUGUCUUGUGAGUACUUGAGGCUUAGAAAUUUUUCGACGGGGGUUAUAAUAAUUGUUUGCUUUAUUUUUAUUUUUUAUUUUACCGAGGUUAAAAUCUCAUGAAUAAUGUAAUUUUUAUUGUUAUUUUAUCCUAGAUGCUGUGGUCUUACCCAUCAGAGCAAAUGAAAUCGGAUUUUUUUGCAAAACAGAUUUUUUUUUGAAAAUUUCGAAUAUAUCUUAUAAAAACUUAAUAGAAAUUGAUGCUAAAAUCCACCAAGACCCGACAAAUACUCCAUUUUCAGCUCUGAAAAGUUGGUUUUGCCAGCCAACCACUCGACUGCCUACAUUUUCACUGGCUCGCUUCUGGGCUUGCUCGCCAUUAUCCUCCUUAUUUUAUGUCUAAUUGCGCUGGUCUUCCUCUACAGAAGAAGAAAGGAGAAGGUAAAGAAAUGGGCCCAUAAUCGCCACUGGAUUUUUUAGAAAGCAAGGAAAAUGAAGAGAAAGUUGAAUGAUCGUUUUACGACGACGGGAACCUCGACAAACGCGAGCCGUACUAAUGUGACGACAAGGACGGAUACUCGCUCUUCAAUGGGAAAUCGGAAGUCGUCCAAGGUAAGGGAAGAAGUGGAAAAAAUUUGUGUCUGCACUGUGCUAUCCGAUUUUUUCUGAAUUUUUUGCCCAGCCAAAAGAUUUUUUUUGAAAUUUUUUGAACUGAAAAAAAAUGCAAAAAAAUUUUUUUACGGUGCACAGCGUUCUGUACUUUUUUGGAAUGAUUCCGACACCGAUUUUUUCGAAUUUUUCUAAAAUAGCCCGCAUUUACGCGGGUGUCGCAAGGAAUACUGUAAGAUUGACGUGUAAAAUUUGCAGUGCUUAUAGAGUAAAGAGAGAUCUUUCCAACAAUACAACUUACGUAAAUUAAUAUGGAAAAAGAAAUUUGUAAUCAACGCUGAAAAAUGACCGACUUUGGAUUUUCGGCGCUAAAUAUUGCCCUUAGGCAGAUCUCUUAGAAGAAGUGGAUGGUACCACCUUAUGCAGAAUUUAAUUCUGUACAACAUAUUCAAAAACUACGAAAUUUUACUGCUUUUCCGUCGAAUUAUGCCUCAAAAAUGCAAUUUUUGCACUAGUUUUACCAAUAUUUUCAAAAUAUUUGCACCUUAAGGGCAUUAUUACAAAAACUGAGUCGUACAUAUUGAAGCUUGCAUGGUAGCUGAGCAUACUGUUUAAUUUUACCCUGUCAUCUUUCUCCAUCUUCAAGAACAACGGAGCUAAAGUUUGGUGCUUGGAGCCGGCAUAAAAAUGCCCUAAGGGCGAAUUUCAAAAAUGCGACAGUGCCACUGAACGUAAAAUAAGCGUUCGAACAGCCAUGCUCAAAAGGCAACGAUUCAAUUCCUUCUUCUGUCACUGCUCCAAGAAAUCCAUGCAACAUCAUGAACGCGUAAAUGUGUUCAUGAGGCCACCGAUGUUUCAAACUAUUCCGGAAACUCCCAACGUUGAUUUUUUCGUCAAAUUUGGCGUACCUGUAGUACAAAAAAUUCUAUGUUCAGUGGCACUAUCGCAUUUUUGAAAUUCGCCCUUAGGGCAUUUUUAUGUUGGGUCCAAACACCAAACUUUACCUCCGGUGUUCUUGAAGAUGGAGAAAGAUGACAGGGUAAAAUUAAACAGUAUGCUCAGCUACCAUGCAAGCUUCAAUAUGUACGACUCAGUUUUUGUAAUAAUGCCCUUAAGGUGCAAAUAUUUUGAAAAUAUUGGUAAAACUAGUGCAAAAAUUGCAUUUUUGAGGCAUAAUUCGACGGAAAAGCAGUAAAAUUUCGUAGUUUUUGAAUAUGUUGUACAGAAUUAAAUUCUGCAUAAGGUGGUACCAUCCACUUCUUCUAAGAGAUCUGCCUAAGGGCAAUAUUUAGCGCCGAAAAUCCAAAGUCGGUCAUUUUUCAGCGUUGAUUACAAAUUUCUUUUUCCAUAUUAAUUUACGUAAGUUGUUUUGUUGGAAAGAUCUCUCUUUACUCUAUAAGCACUGCAAAUUUUACACGUCAAUCUUACAGUAUUCCCUUGCGACACCCGCGUAAAUGCGGGCUAUUUUAGAAAAAUUCGAAAAAAUCGGUGUCGGAAUCAUUCCAAAAAAGUACAGAACGCUGUGCGGUGUGAUUUGAAUUCAAAUUUUUUUUUUGUGUUUCGCACGGCGCAGGUUGCCUCCAAAAAGUGGCAACUGCACUGUGCAAUGGGAAAUAAAGCUUUUGCAGAGUGAACGUCAAACUGAGGUAAGCUAAAACAAUCCGAUGAAUGGGUUGGAAAUUUGCCAAAAAAGACGCAAAAGAACCGAUAGCGAAGAGUCUAUUCCGAUCAUCGGACUCCUCAGUUUGACGUGCAGUGUUCUUUUUUUUGCACUGUUAUAUUUUAAAAAUUCAAUAAUUUUUUUUUUCAGAAAGCCAAGAAAGGAAAGAAGCAAACUGAGUCUGUCGAGUCUGCCGAUCCUUCUGUUCUGACCAAUAAAACCUCUUCGCUCAUGUUCAAGACAACGGGUACAAGCCAAGAGUUUCACUAG